GUUGAUCAAUAUGAAAUCAUUGGUGAUAGGUCAUAAAUUAAAGAUUACAAAGUUUGCAGUUACUUCUGAAGAAGGCUGUUACCUAAAGUAUCUGAUUUUAUCAUGUGCAACUGUUUUGAUGACAAUAAUUAUCACGAUGUGCACAGCGACCAUACCAACUCUGCAAAAAGUGUACGGCACUCUGUUACUCCCAUCCAUAUUUUUUGUACUUGGCUUAACUCUCACUGGGGUGAUUCUGUUUGUUAAAAAAGUUCAAGAGCGCUUGCCAUUGUUUAUUGGACUGUUAGUACUUGCUGUUUUAUUGUUGUCUUGGGGAAUACCUGGUAUAACAGCAGCUGUCGGAUUGUGGAAUAUUUUAUCAUGGUUUCUGACAUUGGCUGUUUCUGUUGGUGCUCUAAUUUUGGGAUACAAAAUGAAAAAGCUGUCCAAGAAAGCGAGCAUUAUACUACUGAGUUUUGCAGGUGGAAUUGCGGGAGUAGGAUUCAUUGUGUUUAUUACUUUAAUAGCCACUAAGAAUCACACGAUUUCAGCCUAUCUAACUCCCUUAAUCUUUAUUUUCGCCCUGUUGAUGGUGAAACGUAAGACUUCACUCGGUUCCACUACUCUAUAGCCAUCGCCUUUCUCAUACUUCUGCUUCUACUUUUUGUGUGUGUAUGUGCAAUUGCCUGUUCAUACCUGUACUCUAGAAAGCAUUCCAAAGGUCAAAAUUAUCCCUUCAUUUUGUAAAUAAUAAUAUUAAUAUAAACUAAAUCAUAUAUAACUCAACAUAUUCCCCGAAUCGCACAAGUUAUUCAAUCUGCAGUACUUUUUAUCAGCUUUACAUGCACAACCGUGCUAACAUCAGUGCUGAUAUACUUAAUAUGAAUAUUCAUGUUUCUGUAGUUCCUUUUAUUUUAAUAGGUGUUAUAUCUAACUGGACAUGGUAUAAAACGUUGCAGUAAGCCUGAAACAAGCAGUCUUCUACCGAUUUGGAUAUCACUGAUUACUUGGACAGCGGUAGUAAUAGUUUAUGUAUUCAUAUCUAUUAUGUUUCCGAAAAAUAAAAGAUACACCAACGAGACUCAACAUUUGUCCUUCAAAAUUUUGGCAUGAAUAGUUUUACUUUAUCCAUCUGUUUUUCGUAAUGUUAACUUGCUGAAUACAAUUUGAAAUAUAAUUUGAAACUAUAUAAAUUGAAUAUAC